UUCUCUCUCUUAUUUUUUCAGAACCCAAACACCGAACAACCCGCGACCGAGGCUCCGACCCGAAUCGGAAGAGUUGAGUCCAGCUCCGAACAUGUUCACGCGCUUCUGCCCCAAUCGCAUUUCGCUCCCAUUCUCUCAGGUUUGAAAUUUAAGGGUUCUGAAGUUUCUGUGUCUAUCUUCGAUAUUGACUAUCGAGAGGGGGAAAGUAUAAUAGGGUUAGGGUUUUCUUGAAAGUAUUGGUUUUUGUUGCGAACAACAAGAGAGGAUACGUUUGGGAAGAACACAGAGGGUUAGGGGUUAGAGGAUAAUGUGUAUACUGUGUGUGAUUCAGAAGUGGUCUCGCCGGGUUGCUACAUUGCUACCUUGGUUAGUUAUUCCAUUAAUUGGUCUGUGGGCGCUUUCUCAGCUACUACCACCUGCUUUUCGGUUUGAGAUUACUUCGCCACGUCUUGCUUGUGUCUUUGUGUUGUUGGUUACUCUCUUCUGGUAUGAGAUUUUGAUGCCUCAGCUGUCUGCUUGGCGGGUGCGGAGGAAUGCACGGCUUAGAGAGAGGAAGAGGUCUGAGGCUAUAGAAAUGCAGAAGCUAAGGAAGACAGCUACGAGGCGGUGCCGUAACUGCUUGAAUCCCUAUAGGGAUCAGAACCCUGGUGGGGGUCGGUUUAUGUGUUCGUACUGUGGGCAUGUUUCGAAGAGACCUGUUUUAGACUUGCCUGUGCCGCCAGGGUUGGGGAUUUCGAAUUCUGGUAUAGUUAAGGACUUGGUUGGAAAAAGUGGCAAGAUAUUAAAUAGCAAGGUUUGGUCUGAAAAUGGGUGGAUGUGCAGUCAGGACUGGUUGGAGAAUGGCAAUCCUAGCAGCUGGAGGAUGAAUGAGAAUGGUGGUAUUUGUGGAGGAGAUGAGCAUUGUUUGACAGAGGGGUCACAUUCUGGUCUUUUGUUUUAUGUUUGCAAGUUUUUGACAUCUUUUUUCUUGGGCAUUAGAUGGCUCUGGAGAAAGAUUUUUAGAGUUAGUUCAGGGGAAAAUUGCUUGUCUGAUGCUGAACAUAGUACACUCUUAGCAAAACAGGGUGAGAAUGGGGCGAGCCUCAAUGAAAGUAGAGGGGAAAAAGCACGCAGGAAAGCUGAGGAGAAAAGGCAGGCUAGGCUAGAGAAAGAACUUUUGGAAGAGGAAGAGAGAAAACAAAGGGAGGAGGUUGCAAGGUUAGUGGAGGAGCGUAGGAGACUGAGAGAUGAGAAACUGGAAGCUGAAAAAGAUCACAGCAAAUCAUCACCUUCCAGUAAGGAGAAUGACAGUAGGAAGGAAGCUGAAAAGAAGCGUCAGGAAAAAAGAAAAGAGAAAGAUAAGAGCUCCAGUAAGAGCAACUCUGAUGCAGAAGAAUUGGAAAGAAGAGCUGGCAAGGAAAGUGAACGGAAGCGGGACUUUGACAAAAAGAGUGAAAUGGAUCGUAGAGAGCAUCAUAAAUCUGGGUUAGAGAGUGGCAGGGGACAAAGUACAGACAAUGCACAUAGUAAAAAUGUAACUGCAAACAAUUAUAACCGAGGGAGUGCUGGAACAAGGUACCUUGAUCAUAUGCGGGGUACAAUUUUGUCCUCUUCAAAAGCUUUUGGUUUUGGAAGGGGUACUAAUAAUCCUGCCACUAUGCUCAAAGAAAACAAGUUUAACAGUUAUGUAGAUCAUGUUCAUACUGCUGCCGGAAGGAGAGAUGUAUGUCCUCCUGAACGUCCGAUUGCAAAAUCCAAUUUGAAUGGAGAUGAUAGGAAUAUCAAUCACUCUGUUCUCCCAGAACCACAGCCUUGGAAAGCACCUAAAAUGUCAUGGCAGCAAUUGUUUACUAGAUCUUCAUCUGUUCCUCAGUCCUCAAAUUCAAAUGUAAUAUGUAGACCAAAUUCCAAAAUUCAAGCAGAAGCCAAAAGCCCUCAGUUAUCAAGCCAGUCACCGGUUACACAAUCAUUUAAUAAUCCAAUUCACUUUGGUCUUCCAUCACCUUUUAAAAUUUCUACCCAUCCAAAUGGAUCAAGCAGUAGUAGUCUAGGUUUUUCUCCUGCAGUUGAAUCUUUAUUCUCUCCAGUUGGAAAUACAUCGCGUGACUUUAGACAUGACAAGCAAGAGCUUUUUGAAGACCCUUGUUAUGUUCCAGAUCCGGUAUCAUUGCUUGGGCCUGUUUCAGAGUCACUUGAUAAUUUUCAGUUGGACUUGGGAAGUGGCUUUGGGACAGACAUGGAAGUAGCAAAGCCUCACUCUUUAAAAGACAUAUCUGAUGGUUCUGAUGUUAAUAAGCCAUCUCCAAUUGAGUCCCCAUUGUCUCGAGAAAAGCAUAGCUGUUCUAAUUGGUUUCCAAGUACCCCCAAGGGCCAAGACAUGCAUGCUUUUCCUUUGGAUGAUGCAGCUGCAAAUGAGAAGGGAACAUGGCAGAUGUGGAGUACACCACUUGGUCAGGAAGGUUUAGGUUUGGUUGGUGGCCCAGGAAGCUGGCUGUUACCCUCACAAAGAAAUGUACCAAACAAAGAUGACUUUGUGCUUCCAUCAUCUCAGAAUACUAUGGCUUCACUUUUUAACAAAGAUGAUAAUAUAAUAUCUGGGACCCAUUCUCCACAAAACGUUUUUAUUCCUAAUGGUCAGAGUGGCGGGAACUUCAGCCCUGUUACUGUUUCAAGUGGCUAUGAUCCUUGGUUACAGAGUGCUUUAUUCCCACCAUUGUCAGGUGGCCUUACAACUCAGGAGGGAGCUACUCAGAAUGAAAUCAUAUAUGGGAGUCCAAAUGGAUCUGCUAGCAGCUAUGUUCUUGAGGGUUCUCCGGCUAACAGUUGGUCCAAAAAGGAAUGGCCUGUACAUGGUUUUGUGGAAAGCAUAGGAAAGUCAUCUGUUUCAACGCCCCAUAAUGGAGAUCUACAUCCAACCUCAGAUGUACAGUCAUUUGGGUCAUUUGAUUAAAAAGAUAUUAGUGACAGGGUUUAUGAGGGACUCGAUAAACACAACUGUUCUCUUGAGGGAAGGGUUUUAGAAUACUGAACGCAUUGUGUCUUCCUUUCUUCUUUAUGAAAAGGGAGAUCAAUGUUUUCAUUACUUUAGCAUUGAUAGGAAUACAUGUUGGAUGCAUUCUGAGCAUGGCAACAAGAGAGAUGCCCCCAUUUUGACGUCAAUAUGUCCUUUGGAGAAUGGUGCUUCGUAUUCCCUCGUGUCAUGGUCUUCAAAUAUAUACUGUAAUUGAUGUCUUAAUGAGAAAUGAACUGAUACUAACAUCAUCUGCUGCCAAUGGAAUAUACUUGUGUUUCUGUAUGUGGCGAGCAACGUCUUUGAGCACAAAGUUGGGUGUGUUCUGACCCAGUUAUUAUUAAUACAACUCACCCGUAAUGGAUUCUUUUUUC